AUGUCCAAGCCAAUCAAGGAGAAAACAGCAUCCCAAAAGAUCAGUACAGCAGGAGGAUUCAUAGCUGGUGGAUUAGCAGCAUGUGGAGCCGUCACAUUCACCAAUCCAAUUGAAUUAGUCAAGACCAGGAUGCAACUACAAGGUGAAUUAUCUCAUGGAGAUCCUCAUGCUAAAGUUUACAAAAACCCAAUACAGGCACUUUUGAAAAUUUAUUCAAAUGAAGGGCUAAGAGGGACACAAAGAGGGUUGGUGUGUGCAUAUAUUUAUCAAAUUGGGUUGAAUGGUUGUAGAUUAGGAUUAUAUGAACCAAGUCGAAAUGUCCUGAAUUCUAUAGUGUAUCCUAAAGAGGAUCCACAUAGUGUGCAAAAAGUUCCAAUCAAUGUUGCCGCGGGUGCGUUAUCAGGUAUUGCAGGUGCUAUAAUUGGAUCACCAUUGUUUUUAAUCAAGACAAGAAUGCAAUCAUUUUCAAACAAGAUUGCCAUUGGUGAACAAACUCAUUACAAGAAUUUCAUUGAUGGGUUUUCCAAAAUUUUACAAAAAGAAGGGUUUAAGGGAUUAUUUAGAGGUGUUGAUGCAGCUAUAAUAAGAACCGGUAUGGGGUCUUCAGUUCAAUUACCAAUUUAUAAUUAUGUUAAACAUUUUUUACAAAGACAUGAAUUAGUCUCGGAUGGUACAGGAUUACAUUUAAUUUCAAGUACAUUUGCAGGGUUAGGUGUUGGUGUUGUUAUGAAUCCGGGAGAUGUUGUUUUAACAAGAAUGUAUAAUCAAAAAGGUGAUUUAUAUAAAGGCCCAAUUGAUUGUUUUGUUAAAACUAUUAAAUAUGAAGGGGUAUUUGCAUUAUAUAAAGGGUUUGGUGCACAAUUAUUAAGAAUUGCACCUCAUACUAUUUUAACAUUAACAUUUAUGGAACAAACUAUGAAAUUGAUGCAGGCAAUCGAAACUAGAUUUUUAUAG